GAAGAAGGACUUGUGGGUUUGGAUCUUAGGAAUGAUUCAGAUGUUCCUGAUGUUCCUCCAGCCACAGACAACACUCCAGAGAUCCUUAAGCCUGCUUUGUCAGGCUUGUCUGCCAGAUGGCAGAACUGGUGGCUGCGUGGGAUUCUCACUCUAGCCAUGAUUGCUGGCUUUUUUCUGAUCAUCUCCCUGGGAUCAUUCAUGCUGAUGCUGCUGGUGCUGAGCAUCCAAGUGAAAUGCUACCAUGAAAUCAUUACUAUAGGUUACAGAGUCUACCACUCCUAUGACUUACCCUGGUUUAGAUCCCUCAGCUGGUACUUUCUGCUGUGUGUGAAUUACUUCUUUUAUGGAGAGACUGUGGCUGAUUACUUUGCUACCUUUGUGCAGAGAAGAGAACAGCUCCAGUUCCUCAUUCGGUACCACAGGUUUAUCUCCUUUGCCCUCUAUUUAGCAGGCUUCUGCAUGUUUGUCUUGAGCUUAGUGAAGAGGCAUUACCGGCUGCAGUUCUACAUGUUUGCAUGGACUCACGUCACUUUGCUGAUCACUGUCACCCAGUCUCAUCUUGUCAUCCAAAAUCUCUUUGAAGGCAUGAUCUGGUUUCUGGUUCCAAUCUCCAGUGUCAUCUGCAAUGACAUCACUGCUUACAUCUUUGGGUUCUUCUUUGGCAGAACUCCAUUGAUUAAGCUGUCUCCCAAGAAGACCUGGGAAGGAUUCAUUGGAGGCUUCUUUUCCACAGUCAUCUUUGGAUUUGUUUUUGCCUAUUUCUUGGCUCAGCAUCAGUACUUUGUCUGCCCUGUGGAGUAUAACAGUGACUCCAACAGGUUUGUCACAGAGUGUGAAGCUUCAGAGCUCUUCCAGAUGACGACGUACUCCGUGCCACCAGUGCUUCAGGCUGUGCUGGGAUGGGAAGUGGUGUCCCUGUACCCGUUCCAGCUGCACAGCGUCGCCCUCUCGACCUUUGCCUCCUUGAUUGGGCCCUUUGGAGGCUUCUUCGCCAGUGGCUUUAAAAGAGCUUUCAAAAUCAAGGAUUUUGCCGACACAAUCCCUGGGCACGGAGGCAUCAUGGAUCGCUUUGAUUGCCAGUACCUGAUGGCUACCUUUGUUCAUGUCUACAUCACCAGCUUCAUAAGAGGUCCAAACCCCAGCAAACUACUGAAGCAGCUGCUGAUCCUCCAGCCUGAGCAGCAGCUCAGUGUCUACAGAACCCUGAGAUCUCACCUUGUUGAAAAAGGCAUCCUGCAGCCGUCUCUGAGAGGGUAGUUUGUCAAAACAGAGUGUGGGAAGAAGCCUCCAUCUGCAAGAAGCCUGUGGGAAAAGCAUUGCAAGGGUGCAGCUAGGCAGUGGCUCAAGGGAGAGGGGUCUGUGGGCUGGGCGGGGGGAAUGAGGUGAGCCUGAGUGCUGUGGCUUCCUGCGGGCACAGAGCAGAUCUCUGACUCCUCUCAGCAAGGCAGAAGUUUGCAAAGCAAGAGAACUCCUGCUGUGUAUUUUAGCUCCUGGAGUGGAUGGCUGCAGCCUGCCUGCAGCACCCAGCCUUUGGCAGGCUUUGGAU